UCUAACAUUGAAGUCUAUAAUAUUUUUUUCAUACUUAGAACUGAAAAUCGAUCAUGUCUUCUUCACUACCAGCUUCCACUCUCCGAAACCGCCUCCAGUUCAUCGUCGAUAACGGGUCGCCGGAGUUGUGGCUCUACGCCAUUUUCUGGCAAGCCACGAAAGGCGGCAGCGGCGGCGAUGGCGUCGUCCUUUCAUGGGGCGACGGCCAUUUUCGCGGCGGGAAAGGCGCUGAUACUGAUCGGAAUGUGGACGGUAACGGCGAAUGGUUUUACCUGUCGUCAGUGGCCAAAUGUUUCGUAGCGGCGGAGGAUCUCCUCAUCCGAACGUUUGACUCCGGGUCUUACGCUUGGCUGUCGGGUGAUGAUUUCGGCGUUGGGUUUUACGAUUGCGGGAGAGUUAAGGAAGCGUACAUGCAUGGGAUUAAAACGUUGGUGUUCUUCUCAACCUCGUACGGGGUUGUUGAAUUGGGAUCCACCGAGAUUAUUCAACAAGACGGAGAACUUUUGCGGCAUUUCCAGUCGCUAUUCACCUUCAACGCCGCCGUUUCCUUGCCGGUGACUAACCAGUCGCCGGACUCUUCCAACUCAGAUUUUCUCGACAUUCAGCCGACAACCUGCGGCGGAAACCUCGGACGGCGGCGGAAAACAACAUCAUCGUCGUCCGGGCGUGAUCAAAUGACGCGAAACCACGUCGCCUCGGAGAGACAGCGGCGGGAGAAGCUGAACCACCGAUUCUACGCCCUACGCAGCGCCGUCCCCAACGUCUCAAAGAUGGACAAAGCGUCGUUGCUGGCGGACGCCGUCGCGUACAUCAACGAGCUCAAGGCCAAGAUCGACGACCUGGAAGCUAAGGUGGGAUCGCGAGCAGAGAAUCCCAACCCGAGGAAGCGGAUAAGAAGGGAGACGACCACCAUGAUCAUUCAAGAAGUUGAAGUGAAGAUCAUAGGGGAGGAGGCCAUAAUUAGAGUCCAGUCACCGGACGUGAACUUCCCGGCGGCGAGAUUGAUGAAUGUGCUGAGAGAGCUGGAGCUCGGAAUCCAUCACGCCACCGUGUCGUGCGUGGCAGAGUUAAUGCUUCAAGAUGUUGUGAUUAGGGUUUCUGGUGGAUCACAGGAGGAAGCCCUAAAAGCUAUUAUCCUUCAAAGAUUGCAAACCUACCAAGAUUAAGUCUUAA